CAAAUUUAAUUACUCCAAACUAAAACAAUCUCUCUAAUCAGUUAAGGUUAGUUCUGGCAGUUGAUGGAGUUAUUUACGAAAACAAAGGCAGUUAAGCUCCGUAGCCAUCUCGAUAAAUACCUCGUCGCCGACGACAACGGAGAAUCUGUCCGUCAAAGCAAAAACGGCUCGUCUCGUAAAGCAAAAUGGUUUGUGGAGUUCGUAGAAGGCAAAAAAGAAGUUAUUCGUCUCAGAACAUACGACGGCAGGUACCUCACCGCUUCCGAUUUACACUUUCUUUUAGGUAUGACCGGAAAAAGAGUAAUCCAAACUGUGCCAGAAAAGAUCACCGAUUGGAAAUUCCAGUGGGAGCCUAUAAGAGACGGGUUUCAGGUGAAACUACAAAGUUGGUGCGGGAAGUUUUUGCGCGCCAACGGAGGAACCCCGCCGUGGAGAAACUCCGUGACUCACGACGAGCCGCAAACUGGUUCGACGGUGAGGUGGAUUCUUUGGGAUGUGGAGGCAGUAGAAGUAAGUGAAACGGAGUCGUUGGCGGAGUAUUUAUCGUCUAUGUCUAGUUUUUCUUCAGUUCCUGAAGAUCUUCUUGAAGCGGCUUCGGAUGAGUAUUUGGGAUCGGAACCGGGAUCACCGAUAUCGGUGGUGUCAUCGGCGAGGACGCCAAGAUUGACUGUCGUUAAGUCAAUGUCUCCAAGAUUAUCACCAAGCAAGACCAACUCUAACCAGUUCCGGUCAGGUAUGGAAUUCUUCACCAACGCCAAGGCUGUGCGUCUCCGUAGCCACCAUGACAAGUACCUCCACGCCGAAGAAGAUGAAGAAACCGUUGAUCAAGACCGAAAUGGAUCUUCCAAGAAUGCUAGAUGGACCGUCGAGCCUGUACCCGGAUCCGACUCCAUAAUCCGUCUCAAGUCUUGCUAUGGGAAAUACCUUACUGCCUCUAACCAGCCUUUUCUUCUAGGCAUGACUGGUCGCAAGGUCCUGCAGACUUUGCCUAGAAGGCUUGAUUCGUCUGUCGAGUGGGAACCUAUCAGAGAAGGGGCUCGGGUCAAGCUUAAGACCCGAUAUGGUAACUUCUUGAGAGCUAAUGGAGGUCUUCCGCCUUGGAGGAAUUCUGUGACUCAUGAUAUUCCUCAUAGGACUGCUACACAGGAUUGGAUCCUUUGGGAUGUUGAUAUCGUUGAGAUUCAAGUUAAGUCUACUCGUCAAGACAAAUCGGAGCCCCAACCUAUUUUGCAUUCCGAUUCUUUGGAUUUCGAAUCCAGUUCGCCUUCCUCAGUUUCUAUCAAAUCUGGCACUUUUUCGAGACAGGAGUCGACUGAGUCUAGUGUGAGUUCGCCUCCGAAAUCGGAAGGAAGAACUAUAUACUACCACGUGGCUGAUGAGAGUGGCAAUUUUGAUGAUGAUCUAGGGGAAGUUUAUUCUUUGCAUUUUAAGGGAAAUGGGGUUGAUGAGUUGACUCAAAAAUUAAGAGAAGAGAUUGGUCUUGAGGAUAUUAUUGUGUGUUCUCGUAGUCCUUUGAAUGGAAAGCUUUAUCCCCUUCGAUUGCGGCUUCCUCCAAAUAAUACUGAUAUGCAUGUUAUUGUAGUUCAGUCUUCAUCCAAAGUUGCAAGAGAAUUUGCAAAACAAUAACAUACCAUGGAUGGACAUAAAAGUUUUGUUAGCAUGUCUCCAGAACUACAUCAUCUGUAUAUUCUAUCUAUUCAGUUCUCUUGUCAUCUACUUCAAAGCACUUGAAUCUAUCAACAUUGAACAAUAUCUUCGUCCUAUGGUUUUAGAACAGAAGAAAAUUAAACAAUCUUGGCAGAGUAAUGCUAUUAUCGCAAGUGUUAUUGCAACCGCAGAUGGUCAAUGCAGUGCUCAUGCUUCUUGCCAUCAGUAAUGCUCCACAAUUUACUUGGAACAUAACUAUAAUAUCAUUUCUUUAUAGCUUCAUUGAUCAAUUUUUGUUGUAAAUUUUUGUCGCAUCAAUUUUAUGUCAAAAAUUGUAUGGUUUGAUGAUGUCUCAGGGUCCAUGUCUUUUAUCUUGGGAGCUUGUAGAAUUGAUUUUGCAUGGAUUUUGAAUCAGCAAGCUAUACAUAUAUAUAUUUUUUUCUUUUUCUUUAUUGGUGGCGGCUACACAACUAUUUCUAGCACAGCAUUAUUACCCCAGUAACUCUGCAACUAUGUUUUAUAGCCUGUUUCACAAGGCUCGGAUUGACGGGAAAUAGAGAUUUUACUGUAGAACUUU